AUGGCCAGCGCUGGUGACGCCACGGGUGCCCCACUCAUCGUGUCGGACACGUUCCAGGUGGUGCCGCCGGCCGCCGGCUGCCGCUGCGCCAAACUGCCGUCCGGCCGGUGCUCUGCCUGUGCCGUCCCGCAUGCCAUGUACCUGGAGAACCUGCCGUCCGAGCGCGGUUGGUUUGCCGGCUAUCUUCUUGCCGGGCACGCCUCCUCGCCGGUCGACGUCUUCUACCUUGCCGACUCGCUGCCUGACGCCGAGUCUGCUGCCGACUGGCACCCAUCGACCCAUGCCGCAGCCACACCGUACGCCUUUAUGCUCGCCUUUGAGGGCGAUGUUGCUGGCACCAAGGGCGGAUCGCCAGCUGUCGUCCGAGUUGUUCGAUGGGCCGCCUCGGGAUGCUCGUACUUUCGCCUCGCGCUCGCCAAACGCAAGAAGAAGGCCCGCGCCAAUCUCAAGGCUAUCCUUGCUGCGCUGGACCCACCACUUGCUACCCGCGCCUCCGCCUUUCACCAUGCCUUGCUCCCAAUAAGCAACGACGAGACUGGUGAGGAGGACACAGAUUUGGCCAAGCUGCUAGCCUCGGCUAAGCGCGACUUUGCCGCUGUCGAGGUCGAGACGGUUCCGCACCUGCUCAAGAUCGGCGUGCUCCUUGCUUUGCCUGGCCAGGUGGACCAGAGCGAGAUCUUGGGCAACAGCCAGGCGACGCCGGCCUUUGCCGAGUUUCUGGAUUGCAUCGCCGAGCGGGUUGCGCUCGCCGGCCUCGAGCGCUGGCACGGCCGCCUCGACGCCUCGGGCCUCGACCGCACCGGGACGCAUACGUAUGUGACAACAUGGAAGCCGCACAACGUCGAGGUCUUGCUCCAUGUCGGGACCGAGCUGCCAGACGAACCAAGCUCCACCCAGCACAUCGCCAAGAAGCGCCACAUCGGCAAUGACCGUGUCAUUCUCGUCUUUGUUGACGACGAGUCGUCGGCGUCGUCGUUUGAUCCUAGCACAGUGACGACAGCCUUUGGCGCCGUCUUUAUUGUUGUCCAGCCACUGCCGCGCAGCCCGACAGCACCGCGCCGGUACCGGGUCUGGGCCGCGACCAAGUCAGGCAUCCCUCCUUUCCUGCCGCUCCUCCCACCGUCGCGGGUUGUUGCUGCCGCGCACCUCCGCGCCGUCAUUCUCUCGCUUGCUUACAACGGGCGCGCCGCAUCAUGGACGGCGCAAAGAACAGCCGACACCACCCGGUUUCUCCUUACCAUGGCCUUUUGCAAGCUUCGGGCCAUCUCCCACCCAGCCGAGCGCGCCGCGCUGCUUGCGCCCCGGUCGGCAGCCAUGUCGUCAGCGUACACGCCGGCGCCACCGUCAGACUGGCCUGUCCAGCGGCGGCCGGUUGCCACCGUCGCUCUUGCACCUCCGCUUGCGGUCAACCCUGCGUUCUCGAUUCGCCCGCUCAAGGGCCGACUUGCCUCCUCGGGACUCAAGACUGGCCUCGAGGUUACCCCGCUCUGUGACCUCGUCGAUGGCUACGCCGCCGUGACCGGCCUCGGCCUCGUCUCGUCGGUCUCGGGCGAGCCCGUUUUUCGCGCCGAGCUGGUGAGUCAUCUGCGGACGUGGCGCUCGUCUGCGUCGGCCACCUUUGUUCUCGCCUUUCUCGCCGGCAAGUCGGUGGCCAAGGCCGAGCUCCACAUUCUCUGGCUUGCAUCCGGCUCGAACCCGACACCUGUGGUCAGCAGCGUGCCAGAGACACGCGGCGCGCAUGCGCUCGCACUGGUGAGCAAUCCUGACCGCCGCAAGGACGGCUUUGUCCUUGCCAUCGGCCUACCCAAGCAUCAGCUGGCGCUCUUUGCUUCGGACCCGGCCUCCAAGUCUGUCCGUCGCUUUCACGUCGAGGACGUGCCCGGCGCCGUCACCUCCCUCGCCUUUCACCGCACACUCCUCUUUGUGGGCCUCGACAACGGAGUCAUCCUCCGCGCAAAUCUGGCGACCGGCCUUGAGUUUGUUCCGCUCGCGCUCAGCAAUCCGCCGUCAGCCGCAGUCUCGUUUCUCGGCGUGGCACCUACAGCUGCCGUCCUGGUCGCCGGCUACGACGGCGGCAUGAGCCUCGGCAUCCCACUUGCGGCCGAUCCUCGUCAGCGGGUGGCCUCACUCUGGCGCAAUCGGCCCUCCACUCCCGAGCCGCACUAUGCCGUGUUUGGCCAGUCCGACCUCGUGCUCGUUGCCGGCGACUUGGCCCUCGAUGUCUACGCGGCGCUUUCGGGCGCCCAUCUAGCGUCGCUCAUCGAGCCUGCCACUGACGCGAGCAUUCCGUCGCCGACUCGUCUCGCCGCCUACCGUCUAAGCUCGCAGCCUGCGCCCACGGCCACCGUCUUUGCCUGGGAUGCGGAGGCCAAGGCCACACGCAUCUGGCAUGUCACCACGGUUGACUCGGGCAUCACCGACGAGCGCCCCGGCCGUGGCAAGAUCACGCGGUUUGCCGAGGCCGAGCCUCAAUUUGAGCCUCAGCCUGCGGCCGAGGCCGAGUCUGAGGCAGAGGCAGAGGCGAAGACUGAGGCCGAGGCCGAGACUGAGGUCGAGUUCGAGCCUGGCAGUGGAAACCAUGGUGUGCUUGUUGUCGACGCGGACCAACCGCUGGUCAUGAGCUCCAACUCAAUCUCGCCGCCAUUAUCGCCGCCACUCUCCCCAUCGUCGGCAUCGCUUCCUAGCCCUGAACCUCGUCAAGUGCUGUCGCCUUCAUCGCUGCCUGCGCCUGCGCUCGUGGAGCAGAGCGAGACCAGAGCUGAGCGGCGGUCGCGAUCGAAACGUGCCAAGCGUGGAUACGAGGUUGUGGAGCUUUUGGCUGCGCCGCUGGCGACCAGUCAUGGCGACGCUGUCGCAGCAGCUGCAGAUGCCGACGCUGACGAGACUGAAUCGUCUUCGUCGGCAAGCAUGCCCGAGUGUGGACUGUCGUCGAUUAGCGGUUUGUCGUCUGGAGGACGAGGCCCGAACUCGCAGAGCCCGGACGAGUCUGAUGCCAGCGACAUUGUCGUUGACGUCCCUCUCACGCCCCCGCCUGCCGAGCUCCACACUCUUGCCUCGCGCUACUUUAUCCCUCCGACGACUCGGUUUGAGGAGGGCUCGCCACUGCACGACCGCGAAAUGGAGAUCCUCAAAGUGGCGCGGCAGCGCGAGCUGGCCGACCAGAUGCGGGCACGCAUCAUGCCCGCGGCCGAAAUUGCGUCGUCGCCCCUGAGCCUGCGGCAGCCCGACGACUCACCGCCACAAGCUCAAGCUGCGCCCAAGCUACUCGCACGCGAGGCCGAGACGGCACAACCCACGCCAGAAGGACGGCGGCGGAUCCGGCGGCGGCGCGCUUUGCCGGCUACGGCCUCGGCCUCGGCCUCGGCAUCACCCUCCAAAGCCGGCUCGCCGGCGUCCCCCUCUGCUCCCAGCUCGCCGGUCGCCAGUGUGCGGUAUGACACUCGUGGCGCAGGCAUUGCCAACAAGUACCGGCUGGACACUUCUCGGGCGCUUGGCAUUCUGGCGUCGAUCCGCCGGGCGGUGGCGGAUGCCGAUCUUUAA